CUUUAACCGUCACAAAGCUGCAACAUCCAAAGAAACAACAACAGAAAAAAAAAAUGGACAAGCUCUCUUGUUAUCUUCUCUUGCUAUUGUCGUUCUUUUGUUUUCGUUUGGAUCUUUCAUGGAGUCUAGAAACUAGGUUUAACCGAGCUCCCAAUAAUCAGGGUUCUUCAGACCUGGCUAACCUUGUGUACCACAUGGGUCCAGUCCUUUCAUCGCCUAUCAAGCUGUACAUAAUCUGGUAUGGUAACUGGAAUUCAACCCACCAAGCUACUAUUAGGGAUUUCUUAAAUUCCUUUUCUUCUCCAGCUCUUUCUCCUUCUGUUGCUGAUUGGUGGAAAACUGUGAGGCUCUACACCGACCAGACAGGAUCCAACAUCACUGAUAGCCUUUCCCUUUCGGGGGAAUUCUUUGAUUCAAGACUUUCCAAUGGUGUUCGUCUAAAUCGUUUAUCAAUGCAACACAUCAUCAAAAACGCAGUCACUUCCAAGCCAAGCCCACUGCCUCUCGAUCCUCGCAAUGGUCUCUAUUUGGUGCUGACUUCAUCUGAUGUCCAGGUUGAUGAAUUCUGCAGGGCAGUUUGCGGCUUUCAUUACUUCUCCUUCCCAUCCAUUGUUGGUGCCACGGUUCCUUAUGCCUGGAUUGGUUACAGUGGGACUCAGUGUCCAGGCGUGUGUGCCUAUCCAUUUGCCCGGCCUUUGGGGGCGCCACCGCCGAGUGCGAUGGGAGGUAACGACAUCAUGCGCCCACCGAAUGGAGAUGCCGGAGUCGACGGGAUGGUUAGUGUUAUAGCUCACGAGCUAGCUGAAUCGUCGAGUAAUCCACUGGUGAAUGCAUGGUAUGCUGGUGAUAAUCCAAUUGCACCGGGUGAAAUCGCAGACAUGUGCCUCGGUUUGUACGGUUCAGGCGGUGGCGGUGGGUAUGUGGGUAAAGUUUCCACGGAUGCAGGGGGGAAUGGCUACAAUGUGAAUGGAGUUAAAGGAAGAAGAUUUUUGGUUCAAUGGGUAUGGGAUCCUGUGAAAAAAAGAUGCUUUGGACCUAAUGCCAUGGAUUAAAAGUGCAGCACGUAAAGCAGUUUAACCUGUUUCUUGCUAGAUGGGCAAGAUGAAAAGACAGGCCCGCGGAAGCAUAACGGAAUUGGUCGGCAAUGUAAUAGAAAGAGUGAGCUACCUUCUUGAUAAAUAUUGUAUGUACUUUUAAGAAAAGAGCGACAGGGAUGACGAUCCUUUGCUUGUAUAAUUCGCAUUUACUUUUCGUGUAUGUUAGCAGCACAAUUUGAAUAAAUAAAUAACUCUAAUUUGGAUUUGAA